GCUUUCAGUGCGGCAGGUGCUAUGCAGGGCGCCUGGUUCAAGGCAACCGGUCAGGCUCUGUCCUUCAGCGAGCAGCAGCUGGUGGACUGCGCCUGGGACUACGGAAACGACGGAUGCGCCGGUGGUUUCGUGGAGCCCACCCUCCAGUAUGUGGUGGAUGCGGGGGGUAUCGCUCAGGAGUCGGAGUACCCUUACUUAGCCCAGAACUCCGACGUCACCCAGCGCGGGGGCCCCGCCACCGUGCCUGUGUCCGCCCGCUUCUCUGGUUACCUUAACAUUCCCUCGCGCGAUGAGGCGGCGCUGAUGGAGGCGGUGGCGCUGCAUGGUCCCGUGGCGGUGCUUAUGAACGCGGCCUUGGCGCCGUUCAGGUUCUAUUCGGAGGGGGUCUACUACAACGAGGAGUGCGGCCAGGUGCGGGGUGGGCGGGUAUGGGGGGGGGGGCCAGGAUGGCUGGCGUUAUGA